UCCCCCGCCAUUUUGGUCUCAGAUCAGCCCUCAACAGUCCUUUUGGCCACAUUCGCAAUCGCUUCAAGAUGGGCAAAUCUUCCAAGGAUAAGCGCGAUGCUUACUACCGUCUUGCAAAGGAGCAAGGCUGGCGUGCACGCAGUGCCUUCAAGCUGCUGCAAUUGGAUGAAGAGUUUGACCUGUUCGCCAACGUGACAAGAGUCGUUGACCUGUGCGCCGCCCCUGGUAGUUGGUCCCAGGUGCUGUCUCGCGUUCUCAUCAAGGGAGAGAAGUUUGGCCGUUCAGCAUGGGAGGAUCGUGAGGCCAAGUUCCGCCAGGAGAUGCUGGGCGUCUUCCCGGCUACCCCUGAAUCUGCUGUCGCAGGGCAGAAGACCCAGACCGAGACUGCUCCCGAAGAGACACAACCUCGCAAGGAUGUCAAGAUCGUUUCCAUCGAUCUGCAACCCAUCAGCCCUCUCCCCGGCAUCAUUACUCUGCGUGCCGACAUCACGCACCCCGCCACGGUACCCCUUCUCCUCAAGGCCUUGGAUCCCGACUAUGACGCCGCCAACUCCAAGAGCCAGCAAGCUAGUCAUCGUGUCGACCUAGUCAUCAGCGAUGGUGCUCCAGACGUCACUGGCCUUCACGACCUGGAUAUCUACGUCCAGUCCCAGCUUCUCUUCGCCGCCCUCAACCUCGCUCUUUGCGUACUGAAGCCCGGCGGCAAGUUCGUCGCCAAGAUCUUCCGCGGCCGCAACGUCGAUCUCCUCUACGCGCAACUCAAGAUCUUCUUCGAGACUGUCAUCGUCGCGAAGCCGAGAUCCUCUCGUGCUAGCAGUGUGGAGGCCUUCAUCGUCUGCAUCAACUUCCAGCCCCCUGCUGGUUUCCAGGCCAGUCUCGAGAACCCGCUUGGUGUUGGUCACGAGCUACCCAAGAUGGUCGAAGAGAGGAGGAGCCAGCUGCCUGUCAUUGCUGAUGCGCUUAUGCAGAACCCUCUAACUGGAAAAUGGGACUCUGCUCCUACGGCGUCUGCGACGAGGGGAGAUGGCCAGGUUGUUGAGGUGGAAGCCUACGACGAGACGGACGAGACGACGGAUCACGAUAAGCACAUUAGGUGGAUUGCACCCUUCAUCGCAUGUGGUGACCUGUCGGCGUUUGAUUCUGACGCAUCAUACCAACUCCCCGAGGAUCACGUCUCUUUGGACCCUGUCCAGCCACCGACGGCACCCCCGUACAAGCGCGCAAUUGAGUUGAGAAAGGCCGCUGGCGGAGCAUACGGCAAGACGUCAAUUAAGGCAUGAUUAUGACAACAACGAUUUAAUACCACAAAGCGGCCCGCACUCAAUCCUCAUCCUCCUCGUCUGACGGACCGUUGGGCAUUGCAGGGCCGCGCUUCUCCAGCAGAUACAGCUUCCCUGAAUGUGACACGCCCCAUUCCGUUGUCCCCAAGGCCUGCUCAUACAGCUUACUCGCUUGCGGCGAGGACGUCAGAAGCAGAAAGCGUCGCAAGUCGGGCCACUCGUCCAAGAUCUCGUUCAGGCACUGCAUCAGCCACGGCGCUAGUCCCUUGCCUUGGUGCGUGGGGAGGACGUAGAUGUCCGCCAGAUACCCAAUGGUGGCAUAAUCCGUCACGAUGCGGGCAAAGCCCACCAGUUCAGGGCCUUUCUUUCCUUCUCGAGGGUUAGACAACGAACCUAGGGAAAAAGCGACGGAAGGCUUGUCGACAUACCUGCAAUGUCGGAGGUAGACUGUGGGAGUUUGUACACCCCCAGACACAACGAAUUGUCUAUCAGCCUCUUCAGAGCGACUUCCGGAACGCGCUUCGUCCACCAUAGCAGCUCAGAGUCAAAGGCAUCGUUCACGGCGUUGAGGUCGACUAGCGACCGGUCGGUAGAGAUGAGGUACUCGUCCUUAUACCACUGCUUAGAUAUCUGGUUCGGCAUCGUGGCCCGAUGCCCAAAUGAAUGAAUGAAUAGAGGAUGUAGUUGGAAGAUACUUGAAACUCCCACCUUUGGUCUGUGGUGCCCGGAUCCGUACGAAACCUAACUCUACGAGGGUUGAGCUCGAGACUGCAUGCGGAGGAGGGGGUUCGAGCGGGACGUUCAACCCCCGCCUCCGAACAAAUGUCCGUCACCUCACGUCAUGCCCGCCCGGAUUGAGACUUUGCGAGCCACCCAUCACCCGUCUGUGAAGGGAAUGGAAGUUUGGGCCGGUGAGGUGGGGUAGACCAUCUGCCGGGUUCCCUGCUAUACCUCUCUCGGUAAGCUCGCUCCGGGUGGGGUCCCUUCGCUCCGUUGCUUGUCACGGUCGCGGGGGCAGUUUUGUGGGACAUUCGGGCUUCAAGUGGGG